AUGCAUUGGGCAAUUUUGCAAAAAUUUAACCUUAAAGAAAAUCGGGCAGUUGUCCAAAAACUCUUGGAUACUAAGCAUAAAAUACUAAUUGAAGAUAUCAAAGGACAAGCUAACAGUUAUCGGAAUGCCUAUUUUGCUGAAAAAAUUGUUGAAGAAAUUCAAGUCAUAGAAAAAGCGGCCACUGAAAAAAUUAAGCAGCAAAUUGGAGAAUGA